GUCGGCUGUUGCCCCGAGUCUGAGUGAGGCAGAAGUGCGUGGGAGAUACAGCUACCGUACAGGAAGAAGCCAUGGUGAGAAUGGUGGGCCAGCAUUUGGAGCCCACAUGGACACUGACCGCUGGGCCCAGACUCCGGCAAGGGCCUCAUGUCCAUGCCUCGGCACUGACCUCAUCCUUGAUCCCGAGGGAAUAUUGGGGGACCUGGAGGAAGAGGCCCGAAGGAGGGUGCUGAGCAGAAAUGCAUGUGUCAGGGGACAGAAGGACACGCCCACGUACAGCUGCUGCCUGGAGGUGGGGAGAACGAGGCCCUCCGGCUGGACGGUAGAGAGGCUCAGGGAGGGCUGCCCGAAGCCAGAGCUGGGUACCCGCAGGCACAGCCCCUUCCCCGGGCACACGCAGCCCCGGGGCGUCUGCACGCCUUACGCAGACGGCCCGGGCAUGCUCGCUGCAGGCAGGGGUGCCCCAUUCAGAGGUACACCCAGUGUCCCUCCGAUAGACCACCCCCUCAACGCCCACUAUAGCCGGACCAGCAGGCCUUGGCAGGAUUGUGACCAGGCCCUGGUGCCCCCACCCAUCAGCUGCCCCUUCCCCCAGGGGAGCCUGGGGAACGGGCUCCCUCACCUCGGGGCACAACGCUUCCCUGCAGGGGGCUAUCCUGCAGAGGACACCACAGUGCGGGGUGCACCUUUGGCCUCAGAAGCCUUGAGCAGCCCUGUGCUGUCACUGGACGUGCCCAUCAAAGUGGAAAGUGAGGACACGGUGGACAGCUCCGCGGUGCCUCCAGGCCAGGUGUGGCUGGGAGCCAGUGAGCUGGUCAAGAGACAGCCGGCCAGUGUCCCUACCCGGGUUCACCUGAAGACAGAGCCGGACGCUGGGCAUCUGCCCCCCUGCACCUACACCCCGCACCUUGGGGCCAGCAUGCUGGGGCCCCACCACCACUGCAAACCCCCUGCCAGAACAUGCCCCUGGUAUUCAGCUGGCUGUGCCUUCCUGGAGCACUUGUGCAGCCCACUGGGCCCUGAGACCCCGCACCACACACAGCAGGACCUGGGUGUGCGUCAGCUGUGCACGCUGAGACCCAAUUGCAGGGUGCCUGGGGCAGCAUCCCUGGUCAAACGCGAGCCUCUGGACUCACCGCCGUGGGCUACGCACGGCCAGAGCAGGGUGCCGGGAAUGCUCCCCAAAGGUGCCCUGCCCACAAUGGUGCCACCCAAAGCCUCAGAGCACACAUUCCUGCCCUAG